CUCGUUUUCAUUCCUGGGAUUCUGCGUCUCACCGAUCUAUUUUUCUCUCUCGUUUCCUUGGCCCAUUACAAAUCGCAACCCUAGAAACCUUGAAGGGUUGACUUGCUUAUAUUAGACCGCAUUUGCGUCUUGCAGGGGCCCUGUGAUUUCAUCAUCCACCUCUUGUCUUUAAGCAUUCAACUGCUCUACAAGACCCAGUACUCGCGCAUUUUAGACUAUCAGCGACUUAUUGUUCUGAUUUACUCACUUUUGCUUUUUUUUUUUUUGACUUCUAUUAUUCCCCAUUUCGUAUAUAUUUUCAUUCGUGACAAUGGUUGCUCUCCCCACUCAGAACGGAGCGUCGACCCCUCAGGAUCGCCGCUUCGGAACUUUGGCCGUCCACGCUGGUGCUCCCCAUGAUCCUACCACCGGCGCUGUCAUUGCUCCUAUCUCCCUUUCCACCACCUUUGCGCAGACCAGCGUCGGAAACCCCGUUGGUCUCUACGAAUACACCCGCAGCUCCAACCCCAACCGUGACAACUUCGAGCAGGCCAUUGCUGCUCUUGAACACGCUAAAUAUGCCCUUGCCUUCUCCUCUGGCUCUGCCACCACCGCCGUCAUCCUCCAGUCUCUCGCCGCGGGCUCUCACAUCGUCUCCGUCUCCGAUGUCUACGGUGGAACUCACCGUUACUUCACCAAGGUAGCCUCCGCCCAUGGCGUCCAGGUGACUUUCUCGCCUUGCAUUGAGCUCGACGUCGAGGAGCUCAUCCGCCCCAACGAGACCAAGCUGGUCUGGAUCGAAACCCCCUCCAACCCCACCCUCGGCCUGGUCGAUAUCGAGAAGAUCGCUGCCGUCGCCCACAAGUACGGUAUCCUGGUUGUCGUCGACAACACCUUCCUGAGCCCCUAUGUUCAGAACCCUCUGGACCACGGUGCCGACAUCGUCGUCCACUCCGUCACCAAGUACAUCAACGGUCACUCUGAUGUCCUGAUGGGUGUCGCUGCCUUCAACUCCGAUAGCCUGCAGGAGCGCCUCUCUUUCCUCCAGAACGCUAUCGGCGCCGUCCCCUCCCCCUUCGACUGCUGGCUCGCCCACCGUGGUCUCAAGACCCUCCACCUGCGUGCGCGCGAGGCCACCACCAACGCCACCGCAGUCGCCAAGGCCCUCGAGGCUUCUCCCAACGUCAUCGCCGUCAACUACCCCGGCAUUGACUCUCACCCCAACCGUGCCAUUGCCGUCAAGCAGCACCGCAACGGCAUGGGCGGUGGUAUGCUGAGCUUCCGUAUCAAGGGCGGCCAGGAAGCCGCUCACCUCUUCUGCAAGUACACCAAGAUCUUCACUCUGGCCGAGAGUCUGGGUGGUGUCGAGUCUCUUUGCGAGGUUCCUUCCAGCAUGACCCACGCUGGUAUCCCCAAGGACCAGCGCGAGGCUGCUGGUGUCUUCGAUGACCUUGUCCGUAUGUCCUGCGGUGUUGAGGAUUCCGAGGACCUCUUGGCCGAUGCUCUUCAGGCUCUUGAGAAGGCUGUGGCUGCGACCAAGGUCGAGAACGGAUCUGCUUAGAGGAUUUGAGGUGUUUCCUUUUGUUCGUUUCGUUAUCUGCGUGUUUGGGACGAUACAUAGAGCGUUUCUACGAUAUAUAUAAAUGUGAGACGAUAGAGGGUCUUGCGUGGCAGUUUUGCAGGCCCG